CAAGGCUUCAAUUUAAGAAGGAGGGUAGAUGACUAUUAUUCAUUUGAGAUGCCUUUUCUGACACUGAAGGGGUGUAACUAGUAUCUUGGAAGGGAAUAAUAUAAUGAUGGUUGUAAAUGGAGUAUGGGCAAAUAACUUACAACUUAUGGAUAUCAAAUUGCUAAUUGAUACAUACACUGAGCUUCUCUUUCUUUUGUAGAAUGUGGAAUACCAAAUAUUUAGUCUGAAGAAGUGGUAGGCCAACUUAGAGAAAUUAGUCUAGGCUAUCUAGCUUUUAAACUCAUUGUCGGGUAUAUAAGAGUAGAUUCUGAACUCCUGGGCUAAAGUUACUACUAGUAAACUUCUAAGUCAGAGGGAUCAACAUGAGAGCAUAGCAUUAAGUUAAGAAGGCCGUUGGAAUAUUCCGGAAUAAUGUUAAGAGGAUCUAAUUAGAGAUGAAAUUACGAGCAAACACUCUGCCAGAAUGAUACUAAUGAAUCACAGCAUAUCUUUCCUAUCGUGCUAAUGGGCAACCAUGGUUUUGGAGAAGUUGAGGAUAAUCUAUCCUAAUACCUGA